GCAAACAAAACAUGGUGAUUUCUUAUCUGUCGGAAUUUAUACCUGUUUCCAUCUUUAGCAGUAGUUACAAAUCAGAUUAAAUAUAAGAUAUUACUCAUCUAAAUUCAUAAUACCGAAAGCAAUCGAGUCAUCGGAAUAUUACAAAAGAAUAUCUACAGAAUGAUGUACUUUCCAGUAUAGUUCAGAGCGUAAAAUUAGACGUAAGAUAUGGUGUGGAGGGAUUGCCAUAAUGAACGAGCGUGUCCCCAUGAAAAAUGAGGAUUGUGAACGAAUGCCUAGUUCGGGAAGUGGAGCUGAUGCUGCUGCCACAUCCAACGCAACUACUCCAACAUCAGCAACUAAGGAGAAGCGCAACUGGUUCCAAUCACUGACGAGACGAAAAAAGUCUCAAUCACAAAUGUCCCUUGCUGAUAUACCCUCCACAUCACGAGAAUCACCGCUUGUACAGAACAACAACAAUGAACCCUUGCAGGUGAUAUGUACCAGAAACCCCAUUAGAGAUCUUGAUGCCAAUACCAAUAAAGAAUCUGACAUAGGCGGCACGAUUGGACGCAAGCGAAAAGAUGAAAAGAAUGUAUUUCAAAGGUUGCGUAAAAAGAUGGGUCUGCGAUUUUCUUCUUUGCGACAUCGCCAAGAGCCUGCCGAUGAGACUGACAGUGGUGGCGGCUGUGCUGGAGGCACAAUAAACGCUUCUGAUGAAUUUUUAACUCACUCACCGAUACGUGAACCGAAGCUGCUGUUUAACUUUGCACAAAGUAAACCAGUUGAAGAACAAGAGAUUGUACCAUUUACCAAUGGCUAUAAACGUUUCAUUAUUAAGAAGUGGUUGCAAAAAGAAGCAAGACCCAAUCACAUAAUGUAUACAGCAUGCUCGGAAAUGCUAAGCCAAGUGUGGUACUGGGGCGAGAUAUCACGACUCGACGCACAAAAGCAACUAAGCGACAAACCCACCGGUUCAUUUCUAGUGCGCGACUCGGAAACACGUGGCUGCCAGUUUACACUUAGCUUCCGAAUUGUGAAUGUAACAUUUCAUUAUCGUUUAGAAUACCGUGAUGGCUAUUGGCAUUUUGAGGAAUUACAAUACGAAUCCAUUGUGGAAAUGAUAGAAGAUAUACUGUACCGUUGUACCAACGACAAUUUUGUAUGUUUCGUAAAAGUGCAAAAUGAAUUGCAACCACCCUGUCCAGUCAUACUAAAGUAUCCGCUUAGUCGGUAUUUUAAAAUGCCACAAUUGCAGGACUUGUGUCGACGUGUUAUACAGCAACAUGCUGCAUCCGAACAAAUUGCAAAGCUGCCAAUUCCACCAAAGCUUCAGGAAUACUUAAGUAUAAAACGUGAACUAGUAUUUCACAGUUAAUCAAAAACUAUAAUUUAUAAGAGAAUAAAACGGGGACUAAUGUUCGAGGAGCACGCUAAUUGUUCCGUAUAGUGGGUUAGUCGAUUAAUUAUAGCUUAGAAAAUGUGCUGCUAUUUUAAUCGGCUAAUGGCACUCGAGGGUUAAAGUGUGUAAAAGCCAAAGUAGAGAUAAGCAUACACAACUCAAAGCCACAUAUGAAUAGAAAAUUUGUAUUUUAAGAAACUUUCAACACGGCAUAAAUGUUCGCUAUUAAAGUGGUAAAAGGAGUUAUGGGUAGUUAUACUUAUGAUAG